AUAUCUGUAACUAUGACAUACCCUAUCUUUCAGUCAGAGCUUUCCCUUCCAUCACUCAACAACAUGGAUUCUCCACCACUAUCAAAGAGCUGGAGCAUCCAUACCCGUAAAGAAAUCACAACCAAAUACAAAAUCUUCGAAAGAAUUGGCUUUGGCGCUUACUCCGAUAUCUACAAAGCUUGCCGACGUGUCGACUCCACAAUCGUCGCUCUCAAAGAAGUCCACGAUUACCAAUCUGCAUUCCGUGAAAUUAAGGCAUUACAAACACUACAACACUGUCCAAAUAUUGUUCUUUUGUAUGAGUAUUUCUGGAGAGAGGAUGAAGAUGCUGUGCUUGUUUUGGAGUAUUUGGAAACUGAUUUGGUGUCUGUUGUGAAAUAAGGGAAGAGGAAUAAUAGGUUGAGCGUUGGAGAGAUUAAGAGAUGGAUGGUUCAGAUACUUUAUGGGGUUGAUGCUUGUCAUAGGAAUUCUAUUGUUGACAGGGAUUUGAAAGCUCACAAUUUGUUGAUAUCAAGUGAUGGGGUUCUCAAAUUGGCUGAUUUUGGACAGGCCAAGAUACUACUUGCUCCAGGAUCUGUAUCUGUUGAUAAUAAUCAACAGCCUUAUGAACAGAGCACUCCGGAUGAGGGUUAUCCAUCUCAAUUGAACCCCAUUAGGAAGCAAGGAGAUCUGGAUCAAGAACUCCUUAGAGAGUCGGAUGAGCUGAGAUCCAGAUCCUUGGAUGAUAUUGAUAGAGAUAGUAAUGUUCAAGACGGAGACAUUUCUUGCUUAGCUACUUGUACCACGAGUGAUAUUGGGGAUCCCUUAAAAGGCUCAUAUUCCUAUGAUAUUGAAGAGGGUGAAACUGAUGGUUUUGCUCCCCUUACAUCCUGUGGUGGAACUCGGUGGUAUAGGGCAAGUGAGUUACUCUAUGGGUCCACAAGUUAUGGGCCAAAGAUUGAUUUUUGGUCACUAGGUUGCAGUUUUGUAGAGUUUUUGAGUUUGGAGCCGCUUUUUCCUGGAAAUUCCGACAUUGAUCAAUUGGGCAGGAUUUUCUGUGUUUUGGGGAACUUGUCUGAAGAAGUCUGGCCUGGUUGUGCAGAUCUUCGAUGA